GGUUAGGUUUCAGUCAUCCUGCUCGACAAGGAUCCUUAAGCCUAUGUGCUAUGGCGAUCAUUUUAGUUUCAUUUGGUUUGAAACUAAUAUGACCUUUCUGCAACAUGGAGAGGUCGUGCUACUAAUUUAUUCACGUUGCUAUAUAUAUUUUCCGAUACAAGCAUGAGUUUUUAGGCUAAACCGUUGAUUGUGGCAGUUUUGUUUUCUUUUUCGCAAAGGUGUUUCCCCAUCGGAGAUUUUUUAGGUUUCUUUUCCGUAUUUCCUCUAGUUUGGGGAAAUGCGUCACGUACUGGAUAUUUAAUUAAUCGGCUUUAGACCGGCAAUCUAUUCAUCUGGACUCUGACUUACAAGUGAUGUACGAUAUAAUCUCUAUGGGGGAAGGACAGCUACUUCAGACCAUCAACCGCAUAGCGGAGGAGCUCAGUUCCAGCGAAUGCAGGAGGCUGGAGUACCUGUGUGGAAGCCCGGGUUCCGUCAGCAGCGGGCCGGAUGUGAGAGAAAUGUUGAGGGCCCGAUUGAGCCAGGGUGAUGUGAAUCAUCUGUAUCUGGUGGAGCUCAUGUUCAGACUGGGGCGUUUUGACCUGCUAAGGAAGGUGUUCCUGGUCAAUAAGCAGGACGUGGAGAGAAUUCUAGGCCACCACAAAGGUGUGUCAGAGUACAGAUAUUUGAUGGAUGAUUUGAGUGAGGACAUGGGGUCAGAAGACUUGCAGGCUGUACUAUUCCUGCUCAGUCACACACUACCUAGAGACAGGAGGGAUAAAAUUAAGAACUUCCUUGAUGUUGUUGUGGAAUUAGAAAAGUUGGACAAAGUGUCAUCAGACAGUGUGGACAUGAUUGAGCAAUGUCUAAGAAAUGUUGGCAGAGUUGAUCUGGCCAAGAAAGUCAAUCAGUACCAAAGUUCAGUCGGAACAUCACAUCCGCCAUCAGUUUGCCUACAUCAAAGGGUUGAACCGAGGACAGAUAGGACUGCUGCCAUUGCUGCAUUCUCAUUAAAACAGAGACAUUCCUUACAUCAAAGUGUUCCACAUAAGGUUUACGUGGCAGAGCCUGAAACCAGAAGGUCAUACUGUCAGAGCCCAGUGGAGGAUUACAGACUACGAACAGAUGGCCCAGGUGUAUGUGUCAUCAUAGACUGUGUUGGCAGUGAUGGAGGCAUGUUGGAAGAAACAUUUAUCCAGCUCCAUUUCAAGGUGAUCCUGCAUAAGUGGCUGAGCGUUGAGGAAAUGCUGUCAGUGCUUAGGGGUGUGUCCAAACAGAGGGAGAUCCAGGAAGCAGACGCGCUGGUUGUCUGCAUCAUCAGCCGGGGUACGGCCACCGACCUCCUGGCGACCGACUCCCACAGCGUUGGUGUCCGCUUGGACUCAGUUCGGAACCUCUUCACCUCAGACACCUGCCCCAGACUGACCGGGAAGCCCAAACUCUUCUUCAUCCAGAGCUACCGGGUCCCCGAGACCCAGCGUCUCUCCAGGGCCGUUCACAGAGACGAGGACCUGGAGACAGACGGGCUGUCAUCCCUCACGCUCGGUGUCGAGACUGUGCCCGCGGGGGCUGAUGUCUUCUGGGGCAACUGCUGGACAGAAGAGAGGCAGCUGGAGGAGACGGCCCACCACUCGGUGUACCUGCAGGCCCUGAGCCAGAGCCUGGUGACAGCACAGAGGAGGAGGACACACCUGGUGGAUGUUCACACGGAGAUCAACGGAAUGAUAUUCGACCACAACAGAAAAAGUCCUGGUGCAAUGUACCACAUCAACUUGAGACACACUCUGAGAAAAAACUUGUAUUUACAAUAGUCAGCUAUGUAAAAUGUUUUAUUCAGUACCACUAUCCAUUAUACCUGCUGAAAUAUAAUAUAGUGAAUAGUGCCCCCUGCUGGAAUCAUUGAUGUCAACACCCAGCGUUGGCCACAUCGUCA